AUGUCUUGGGGAGGCCCACCACCGAAUCAAGGCUACGGAGGCUACGGCGGCGGAGGAGGAGGAGGAUACGGUCCUCCUCAACCACCGCCGGGUCAAUGGCAGCAGCCGCCGCCGCCGCAGCAGCAGCAGCCAGGGUACAAUCAAUACGGCGGUCCUCCUCCUCACGGACCCCCUCAACAACAGUAUGGCCAUAAUCAAUACGGCCCGCCUUCGCAUCACCAGCCGCCGCCCCAAAACAGUUAUCCAGGAGGAUAUGGCGGACCUCCUCAGCAUCACCAGCAGCCCCAGUAUCCCCAGCAUUCCCAGCACGGUUAUCAACCUCCACCCGGCCCGCCUCCGCCGGGCCUCGAUCCUUACGGCUACAGACAGGGUGGCCAAGGAGGACAGGGAGGAUACGGAGGCGAUCACCGCACCGCGCAAGCUCCCCCACACGCCGCACAGCAGUUUGGACAUGGCGCACCGGCCGGCUACACAUUCCAGUAUUCCAACUGUACUGGAAAGCGCAAGGCCUUGCUGAUCGGCAUCAACUAUUUUGGCCAAAAGGGCGAGCUGCGCGGCUGCAUCAAUGACGUCAAGAACCUCUCCGCCUUCCUCAUCGAGCGAUACAAUUACAAGCGCGAGGACAUGGUCAUCUUGACGGAUGACCAGGAUCCGAAUGGGAAGAUGUAUCCGACAAAGGUCAACAUUAUACAGGCGAUGAAAUGGCUGGUUAGCAAUGCGCAAGCAGACGAUGCACUCUUCCUCCACUACUCGGGUCAUGGUGGGCAGACUAAGGACCUAGAUGGCGACGAGGAGGAUGGAACAGACGAGGUCAUCUAUCCUGUUGACUACCAGCGGGCGGGCCACAUCGUCGACGAUGAGAUCCACUUCACUGUGGUUAAGCCGCUGGGGCCGGGUGUCAGACUGACCGCCAUCUUCGAUUCAUGCCACUCCGGUUCCGUCAUGGAUCUGCCUUACAUGUACUCCACCAAGGGCGUACUGAAAGAGCCCAACCUAGCCGCCGAGGCGGGUCAAGGUCUGUUGGCCGCUUUUUCAGCCUACACCAAGGGCGAUAUGGCCGGUGUCGCGAGCACCAUCUUUGGCUUCGCCAAGACGGCGUACCGCGGGGAUGAUGCGUACAAGAAGACCAAGCAGACCAAGACUUCGCCUGCUGAUGUCAUCAUGUGGUCUGGCAGCAAGGACGACCAAACGAGUGCCGAUGCCACGAUCGCUCAGCAGGCUACCGGGGCCAUGUCCUUUGCUUUUAUCACCGCGAUCAAGCAGAAUCCGAAGCAGAGCUAUGUUGAGCUGUUGAAUAGCAUAAGAGAUGUGCUGGAGACGAAGUACUCGCAGAAACCACAACUAUCGUGUAGCCAUCCUCUUGACACGAACCUGCUUUUCGUGAUGUGA